AAUGUAUGUUUCUAACCAUGGUUUGUUUUCAGGCGAUUCCGACAUUCUCAAGAGCAUGCCGGGCGACCAGUAAUUUUGUUAAGAUCGUGCUUUCCGGUGAUUGCUGUUUUUCCCCUCUAAAAUGUGUCAUUUUAAUUUUAAUUGUGGUUUUUCAAUGCUAGUUGGUUGACAUGUACCAUCACACCAUCCAGAUUCUGGAAGUGUUUUGAUGUUUGGUUGAUGAAUUUUGCUUCUUGGAUGAAAUGAUGAACUGUGCCUUUCCUUUAAUUAUUUUUCUUUAUUUACAUAUGAGUUGCAUUAUGUGUCAUAAACAUAAAAUGGAAAUGUUUAAUAUGUUGAUGAUGUUUUCUCCAAAAUCAACCUCCCUAUUCAUCGCCAUUUCAAUAGUGGCGGUGUUGCAUCUACAAUCCGCCACCGCCAGCACCCCACCUUCUGAGAAGGUGGUACAUAUUUACGAUUGGAUCCAGACCAACAAUUCGGUCCAGCCUCCGAGCCCACUCAAGGUGCAUUGCCAUUCCAAGUCCCAGGAUGCGGGGACUUGGACGCUUGAGGAGAAGCAGGAGUUCGAGUUCCACAUCCAGGUCGGGACGACUCUAUUCUGGUGUGAUUUCUCUUGGGGCUUCAAGGCCAAAAGCUUCCCCGUUUACGAUGCCAAUCACGAUGACUUCCCAAACCAGACACACCACGGUUGGCUUGUCUCUGAAAGAGGGUUUUUCUUUUCCGCAGCCGACGACCCAGGGCCUGACGAAUUUAUGUUUGUCUAUAGUUGGGCUAAUGAUCGAUCUUUAAAGUUUUGAUGAAAAAUAUAUGCUCCAUAUUAUAUAGUGAUUGAAAUUCAAUCAUGCUACUACUCUCAUUUUGAAUGAAAUGUUAUAUUUUUAGAUAGUAGUUUGAGUUCGUCCACAAAUAAACUUUAUGUUCACUA